UACCUUCUGGAAAAGCAACAGAAAGAAUUCAACGAUUAUUUGACAAAAUGUCAAGACUUUGAUCAAGUCCCAGUGGACUAUGAUCUCCCACCAUCUGUGAAUCGGACAAAUCCACGGUAUAAUACAAAGUCAGGCCAAAGUAAUGCGAUCGUUCUACGGAAUGCAACACUGUUCGACGGCCAGUCAACUCUCGACUACAGCGUCGACAUCCAUUUCGAUGAUGGUGUCGUCGUGGGUGUAUUUCCCACUGGCGAUGAAUUUAUGGUUAAAAAGGAUUAUGAUAUCACUGUCUUCCAUCUUGAAGGGAGGUUUGUGACUCCAGGAUUAGUGGAUAUGCACUCACAUCACAUCGGUACACCUCAUCCAUCAUUCUCCGCAACGGAUGACAUGAAUGAGGUACACCCUGAUUCAGGCCCUUUGACUCCAUUUACUCGUGCAUUAGAUGCCUUGAAACCAUAUGAUCGAGCUGCGACGAUAAUAGCAUCUGGAGGUGUCACAUCCUCGCUUAUCCUGCCCGGCUCGGCAAAUAUCAUCGGUGGUGAGGCUAUUGCUGUGAAGAACGUUCUCCUAAGUGGCGAAAAUCGUGAGCAGGUGGUGGAAGAGUUACUUCUAGAGCACGGCGUUCCCCAGCAAUCAAAACGUCGUUAUAUCAAGAUUGCUUGUGGAGAAAAUCCUGCAGGACUCUAUGGUCACACUCGAAUGGGAACAGCAUGGCUUUUCAGAGAACAGAUGUCUAAAGCUCAAGAGCUUCGACACCAACAGGACAAAUGGUGCUCUGCGGCGGCGGCAGCUUAUGAGCAAGGAGAUAACAGAUCCAUCGAGAAAUUGGUAAAGGGAGGUCUACCACAAGAUCUCGGGCUAGAAUUGCUAGUUUCAAUGUUACGUGGACAGGUUGGCGUGAAUAUUCAUUGCUAUGAGCCACAAGAUAUGGAGGCGAUGAUCCGACAUAGCGAAGAGUUUAACUUUCAUAUCCAGGCUUUUCAUCAUGCGCUUGAGGCAUGGAGAGUACCAGAGAUGCUGAAGAAAGCGGAAAGAAAUAUCACAAUCGCGACAUUUUCGCAUUUUGCUCAUUACAAGCAUGAGGCAUACGACUCUAACCUUUAUGCGGGCAAGAUUUUGGCUGAGCAUGGAGUUUCUGUCGCCUACAAAACUGAUGGCUCAUCUGAGGAGUUGAAUUCUAAAUUUCUCUUAUCUCAAGCAGCCGAGGGUCAUGCAUUUGGCCUGCCUGAAGAAACGGCUUUGCGGUCAGUAACAAGUACGCCCGCUAAAUCUCUCGGCUUGGAUCAUCGGAUAGGAUAUGUCCAAGCUGGUUACGACGCAGAUAUUGUCAUCUGGGACAGCCAUCCGCUAGCGAACGGUGCAACUCCUUUGCAGGUUUAUAUCGAUGGUGUUUCAAUACUUUCAUCUGAUCACCUAAAAGAAUCGUUGAAGUUCGCUUCAACGCAAGGGAGUCAAAUACGACCGCCCAGGGCUCCACAGAUGCGGCCUCAACCAGAGAAAACCCUCCAAGCUAGCGUCAAUGAGGCAAUCAAAGUUGGUGAUAAAAUUGCUAUUUCUGGAAUACAAAGCAUUCUAGUUCCAUUCUCCGGCUUCGACGUUCCAGCCUACGGAAAUCUGACCAUGGUGUUGGAAAGUGGUCGAGUUAUAUGCAUCGGCCUACUGGAAGAUUGCUCUACAGUUUCGAAUGAUGCGGUCGGUCUCAAUCUCGAGAAUGGGCAUAUAAUCCCAGGAUUGACUGCUUUUGUUCAUCACAUGGGGCUAUCCGAGAUUGAGAUGGAGUCUACAUCUGGCGACGGAUGGAUAGUACCUCAAACAAUGAAUGCCAAAGAACUGGAUAUCACAUAUGCAAAAUAUGGGCUCCGGCUAGCAGGAAAGGAUCUCAAUCGUGCAAGGCUUGGAGGAAUCACAAGGGCCGUUGUGGCGCCAAUGAUUUCUAGUGUAUCAGAGAAUUCCUUCCUUCAGGGUGUCUCAACAGCUUUCAAGACAAGUGGUAAUCGGACAAUCCUCGAUGGAGCCAUAAUAAAAGACGAUGUCGCCUUGCAUUUUGUUAUUGGACAGCGUGGAAAAACAUCCUCAACGCCAACGAUCUCCGCAGAGAUCAGUCGACUUCGUGAGCUUCUGUCGGCAGCCCACGAGCCGGAUACAGUGUUCAGUCGCGUGGCGCAUGGCUCCCUCCCGCUCGUCGCUCAUGUUCUUACUCACCAUGACAUCCUUCAUCUGAUCAAGAUUAAACGCGAUUUUCCGGAAAUUUAUCUUAUCCUCUACGGUGCCGAGGAGGCUCCACUUGUCGCAGCUCAGCUUGCAGAGGAACAGAUUCCUCUGAUUUUUACUGGUCUUCGCCCAAUGCCAGAUACCUGGGAGACAAAAGAUGUGCUCACAGGUCCUCCACUAACAGUCUCACCAAUCAAGGUACUUGUCGAUGCCGGUGUAAAUUUUGGCAUUGCGCAGGCACAUUGGGCUGACUCCGGUAUUCAUCUUCUGGCGGUUGAUGCUGGGUUUGCCAAGAAGAUGGCAGACUUGACGACACAGCAAGCGGUUGACCUUGUGAGUCACAAGGUCAAUGAAAUACUACGUCUUGACAAUCCUAGUUCAGAACAAACGCAGCAGGGAGAUUUCGUGAUCUAUGAAGGUGAUCCGCUGGAAUACGGUGCAGUUGCCGUCCUAACUGUUGACGGCAGUUUGAAUACCAUUGUUGAGUGUUGGCCAGAUGCAUCUUGA